CCCGGCUCUCCCUGCGUGGACGAGGGUGGGAAGCAAAUCUUGCCCUACAACCCGGUGUUUAGGGUUCUCAAGAUGGUGGUGGCGAAGUCGGAGGUCCGCAGGGACGCCGCUACAUACUUUCGUGCAGCCAGACCCUGGCCCUCGUUGAUCACCGUCCUGGGGCUGGGCUACUUCGCGUGGGUUGUCUUCUGGCCUCAGAGUGUCCCUUAUCAGAGCCUUGGACCCCUGGGUCCCUUUACAAAGUACUUGGUGGACCACCAUCACACCCUCCUAAGAAAUGGGUAUUGGCUUACUUGUCUGAUUCAUGUGGGAGAGUCCAUAUAUGCCAUGGUGUUGUGCAAGCAUAAAGGAAUCACAGACGGCCAGGCCCAGCUCCUCUGGUUCCUACAGACUUUCUUCUUUGGCAUAGCUUCUCUUUCCAUCCUGAUCGCUUACCGACCAAAGCAAAAAAAACACAAUUGAAGGAGCUAGCCGAGUUUCUUUUCCACUUCUUUAAGCCCUCCUUUCUGUGGGUCCUGCUUUCUGGGAUGACCUCUUUGCCUUCUAGGCAGGGUCUGUCACAGAAACCUGUCUAAACUGUCAAAAUUGCACUUAUUUGGGGUGCUCUGACCAAACUUGGAUAGACCAUUUGUUGUUUAAGAAAGACCCUGCCAUUCCAGCUCUGCAGAUGACCUGCUUGGAGAAGGCCUUGGGCCUCUUUCCUGAGGUCCUUGGCCAAGGCACUUUCCUUUGGUGUCUUUUGGCUAAGACACAAACUGGAUUAUUUUUUUUAUAGGUUCACCCUUGCCCUUCCUUCAGACUAAUGCUCCCUCCCCUCCUCCCCACUGAUACUAUCCUCUUGUGUCUUUUGGCUAAGACACAAACUGGAUUAUUUUUUUUAUAGGUUCACCCUUGCCCUUCCUUCAGACUAAUGCUCCCUCCCCUCCCCACUGAUAGCUUUCCACCCCCACCUUUCCCCCUGGUUUGGGACUAAGAUAAAGUAAAACUUCCAUAUUACCAGUUCCACACGAAGCAGGAUCUUAUCCACACACACACACAGAGUCGCCACCCCACCCCGCACCCCGUUUCUAUUUCUCCAGCUACAGAAAAAGAUAAAAACAAAGCAAGUGCCUGGCAUAGAAACUGGAGGGACCUGCUGAGCCCGAGUCGGGAACAUUGGGGGUGUCCUCCCUGAUGCUGUGUACCAGAGGAGGUGACUGUUAAGUUGGAAGCGUAGCCCCCAGCCCCCAGUCCUGAGAGCUGUAUUGGUCUGGACUCCAAAUCCCAGAGUAUUUAUGUGAGCUCCCAAAGGAGAAACACGUGGUCCUUUUUCUUUCCUCAUUGACUCCCGGUUCCCCCUCAGGGCCACCUGAGAGUGCAGGAAUCCCAUUAAACCUGGAUAUUUCUUAAUUUGGCUUGUUUUGAUUUGGCUUGUGUUAUGAGCUGGGGGACUUCAGUUCCAGGUUCUUUUCAAGUAAUAUCUAUGAGGACUCUGUGCCCUUCUCCCCAGAGAGUGAUGAGUGACCAGACCAAGCAAGAGAAUUGUUUUUAUAAUUAUUCUUUACUAGCAACUUCAAUAUCCAAUGCAUCAAUGGGGUUUACAAUCUUAAUAGGCAUGGGGGGUUGAUAAUGGGCAACACACAGGCAACUCAAUAUCACAAUUAUUAAUCCUACUAAACCUAAUACAUAAAACCAAUUCAUAACCUUAAUCUAACUUAUCACUUAUUCAUAAAACACUUCUUAACCUUAAUACAGAUUAUCCAUUACUUAUCUAUAAAACACUUCUUAACCUUAAUACAGAUUAUCCAUUACUUAUCUAUAAAACACUUCUUAAUCUUAAUACAGAUUAUCCAUUACUUAUCUAUAAAACACUUCUUAACCUUAACUUAUCCAUUAACAUUUCCUAAUCUUAUC